CCUUCCGGCGGGUGGGCGGGCGGGCGGACGGGCCAUGGUGGAGAAGCGGCCGCCCGUCCGCCGCGAGGAGGUCUACCGCUGGUUCUCCCGCCUGAGCCCGGCGCCCCGCGCCGAGUUCCUCUGCGGCCUGCUGGACCUGUGCGUGCCCGUGGAGCUGCGCUUCCUGGGCGCCUGCCUGGAGGACCUGGCGCGGCGCGACUACCACUCGCUCCGCGACGCCGAGAUCCGCGCCAACAACCCGGCCGACCUGGCGGCGCUCACCGACAUCACCGACGAGGUGGUGCGCAGCCGGCUGCUGGUGUCGCUGGCGCUGCUGGGCUCGGACAGCCGGGCGGCGGCGGGCGUGGCCUUCCGGACGCUGACGCACGCCGACGCCGUCAUCAGCAACUACGGCCUGCGGCUGGGCGACGGCCGCGCCGGCGAGCAGCUGCUGCUGCUCUUCACCAUGGCGUCCAACCACCCGGCCUUCAGCUUCCACCAGAAGCAGGUGCUGCGGCGGGAGCUGGCGCUGAUCCGGGGCGUGCUGGCGGGCGGGGGCGGGGCCGGGGGCGGGGCCGGGGGAGGGGCCGGGGAGGGGCCGCGCCCGGAUCCCCCCGCCCCGGCCGCCGUCCCCGCCGGCGGGUCCUGCUACGCCGGCUGCCCCGGGUGUCAGAAGGUGACGCACCAUGACGACGGGGCGGGGCGCGGGGACGAGGGGAGCGGCCUGGACGCCUUCGCUCCAAUGGCGACACAUUCCUCCCCGGAGCUGCCGGUCAAGGUGCAUGCUGGGAAACCCGGCAAAGCGAGCAUCGAGAGGGUGGACCUGAAGGGGGCGCCGCGGCGGGGCGACGGGCCGGCCGAGUUCUCCUUCGAGGUCUUGUGGUCGGACUGCAGCGUGUCGACCGUCACCAGGACGGCACAGGAGGUGGCCGAGCUCCUCCACAAGAUCUCCCAGCUCUUCCCCGACGACGGCCUGGACAUGUUCCUGCCCCGCCCGCCUGGCCUGGACUCCGCCCUCGAACCCGAGGCCAGGUGUCUGGCGAGUCUCCCCGCCCACCUCCUCAAGCAUGACCAAAUAAGGCAGUUCUUCAGCCCCGCCCCUGCGGGACAGUCCCCGCCCACCGCCAGUCAUGGGUGUUCGCUGCAGUACAGAGGAGCCAGUAGCCUAGCGAGGCCCGUGUGCGGAGUGGCCAGCGUCCAGCCGUACCCCACCCAGGCCCCGCCCACCCCCGGGGAGGCCCCGCCCGGACGGAGCCCCGCCCCCCAGCAGCCGCCACCGCCGCCGUUGGCAACGGCAACGGUCGCCGAGCAGAACGGCAUUCUGGACUGGCUGAGGAAGCUGCGGCUGCACAAGUACUACCCGGUGUUCAAGCAGCUGACCAUGGAGAAGUUCCUUGCUCUGACGGAGGAGGACCUGAACAAGUACGACCUGACGCAGGGCGCCAAGAAGAAGCUGAAGACGCAGCUGGAGCUUCAGAAGGAGAAGUCGGAGAAGCGCUACGCCGUGGCGCAGUUCCCCGUGUCCUGCGGCGCCGUCGCCCGGGUGACGCCCUCCAGCCACGUCAGCCCCGUGAGCCCCGUGCAUCCCAGCGCCAGCACAGAGCUCCGCUCCGAGGCGCCGGACCCCGCUCCCAGCAUCUCCCCCCCCGGGCCGCUGCAGCCGCCGCCGCGCCGUGACGACGCCUUCGACCGGGCCAGGGAGCUGCACAGGCCCCCGCCCGGGCCGGACCCGGAGCGCCCGGCGACACGCCCCACCGCCCAGGUCCUCCCGGUGCAGAACGACCCGGCCUCCUCCCGCCACCUCCGCCCGCUGGGCUCACCCCGCAAGCCCCGCCCGCCACCAGGAGGGGGCCGGGUCGAGGCCCGCUUCCCCGACGCAGCGCCGCCGGACGCCGUCCCUGCACGCCAGGGCGCGCUAGGCUCACCGCCGCCAGCGGACGCCGCCCCCCGCCGCUACGCCCCGCCCGCCGCCGCUGCCGCCCACCACCGGCCCGCCGCGGGUCCCGACCCGGACCCCCUCCCACCGCCGCCGGCGUGCGUCUGCACCGCGUGCGGCUGCGCAGGCGGCUGUGGCGCCUUUAGCGCUAGCCUCCCCGCCGGCUACGCCGGCUACUUCCCGCACCCGUUCCCGGGGCCGCCCGUCCUCACCCUGGGGCCCCUGCUGCACUUCGGCCCGCUCCUGGCCGGACCCCACAACCACCCGCACCUCCACGCCCGCCGGGCGCACUACCCGCUGCCGCCGCCGGCCGCGAUCUACGACGCGCUGCCGCCGGUCCCCACCGGGUCGGGACCCGAGCCGGGCGGCGCCGGCGGGGUCGGGGGCGCGUCCUGCUACAACUGCGGCGCCGGCGGGCACCGGGCGCCCGACUGCAAGCGGCCGCCCAUGGACCCCGCCCCGCAAGGGACGUUCCGGCUGAGGUACGCGCCCCCGUCGGAGGGGCGGGACCCGGGGGACUAGAACCCCGCCCCCGGAGGGCGGGGCAUGCUGGAGGAAGGAGGAGGAGCCAGAGACUGAGGCGA